UAUUCAUUUUUACUCUAGUGCAACGAUUGCAUCGCUCACGUAUCCGCGGUCCUCGUAUUCAACUUUUCGCAGUGCUCCGAGUUCAUCGAUUCCCAUCGCCGAUCAAUAAUUGCCAAUCUCAUUUCAUAUGUAGAAUUCAAUAUUGAUAAUCAAGUUUCUCUCCUAUCGAACUGACUUUCGCACUCAUAGUUCUCACAAUCUUGCCAACUCGUUCUGUUACAAUUAAAUAUGCGUCAGUGUAAUUAGACGUAAGAGUCCGAAUUAUUUUUCGAUUUCAUGUACAGAAAAGGUCGGAGUCGGUGCGUAUAAUCGAAGAUUUCACGUGAUUGUUAUCAAGCUGUGUUGCAAUUUGUCUGGCAAUGAACGAUGCCUAAAAUUGGUUUAUUGCGAUAAAAACAAUAAAACAAUUGAGCGGACAACCGUGACAUAGACAUCUCUAUUUUAUUCGUAGUGUUAAAUAGUCCAGACAACUUAAUCUCGCGAGCGGAAUCCAGUGAUUAACUCUACCCACACACGAUUCGUUGUUAGACCGUGUACGUCGAUUCGAAGAGUGCAAUGGAAGAGCCUAGUCGUAGGAUCUCAACCCAAAUAUUUGCUGGCAUAGCAGCGACGAUAUCACUAAUCAACACGGGUUACCAUUUCGGUUGGUCGUCGCCGUCUCUACCGAAACUCCAGAGUCCCGAUUCCGACAUCCACUUGACAUCGGGAGAAGGGGCAUGGGUCAGCAGCAUAUUCAAAUUCGGAGCUAUGAUAAGUCCGCUGUUGGUUACUUUGGUGGUAAAGAAAAUCGGCAGGAAAUGGUUACUUCUGUCUUCGGCUAUUCCUCAAAUCGCCAGUGGCAUCCUCUUGGUUUCAGCCCAAGGUUACUGGUGGCUUAUGGCCGCAAGAUUCGUCGGAGGAAUCGGUUCCGGCACUUCGAAUGUAGCCACGGCGUUGUACAUCGGAGAAAUAGCCGACGACAAGAUCCGAGGUGGUCUUGGUGCGAUAAUCGGUCAAAUGUCGAACUUGGGAAUUCUGCUGGCCUAUUGCGUAGGGCCUUGGGUUAGCAGGGUGGCACUCGGAGGUGUGGGAAUACUCAUCCCCGUUGUGUUUCUUCUGACUUUCUUCUGGAUGCCAGAAUCCCCUUAUUACUUGCUGAUGAACGACAGAGUGGAACAAGCAACCAAGUCCUUACAAUGGCUCAGAGGAACUAAGAAUGUGAAAUCGGAGGUUGAAAAAAUCAAAGCGGGUAUCGAAUACGACUUACAGAAUGCGGCACACAUCAAGGAUCUGAUAUUGGUACCGGGGAAUCGGAUGGCACUGAUCAUCAUCAACGGUGUGGUGCUCACCCAACAGUUGAGCGGAAUAACGGCGAUUCUCACGUACAGUGGUACUAUUUUCGAGGCAGCUGGAUCGAGUCUGGAUUCAAGCAUUUCCAUUGUUAUUGUCGGAGUGGUCCAAGUCCUCAGUGGUAUAGUGUGCAUUUUCACCGUGGAUCUGGCCGGGCGAAAAUUGUUGCUACUCAUUUCGACCGCCGGGUCAGCCUUUUUUGCAAUGGGCGUUGCCCUAUAUUUCCAAUUGAAGUCCAGCGGAGUUGACGUGAGUUCGAUCUAUUGGCUUCCGUUGGCCAGUAUGAUCGGAUUCAUAAUCAUCUACACGAUGGGAUUGGGAAUAAUUCCCGGCGUUGUACUUUCGGAGCUAUUCCCGUACAACUUAAAGGCUGCGGCAGGUAUGACAGUCGUGACGAUCGGGGGUCUGGGCGGACUCGCCGUGACGAAGCUUUACCAAGUGGUCGCCGACGCCUUUGGGAUCCAGACUGCGUUUUGGGGAUUCGCGGGUAUCACAGCAUGUUUCUUCGUAUUUAUUUUAUUCUUCGUGCCCGAGACGAAGAGGAAAUCUCUCCAAGAAAUCCAAGAGGAACUCCACAGAUCUACGGAGUCAACGACCGCGUUGGAAAAAUCUGGCUUUUGACGAGAUAUGGGUCAGGCUAAUCUGGAUUUUGAAAAUAGAAUUUAGCAAUUAAUGUAACUGCUGUUGAUCCAUGACGCGAAACUGUUUCAAGCAACUUGGUUUGUGUAAAUAAAUUGUUUUUCCAUGCUA